UUCAGCUCAGGGAUGCUCUUACUGGGAGGAUUUAAAAGUGCCCCAAUGGGUUUAGUUCUGCUGGGAGGGACCUGGCCUGGAUGGUAAUGAACUAACAGGGUUUCUUCCCAGCAUGGCAGAGUCCGGAGCAUCUGUCUGCAGGGAGAUGCUUCUGAGGGCAUUCUGCGCACAAAAAAAUAAACAUUUUGUGCACAGUAUUUUAAAAUUCUGCAAUUGUUUUAGUCAAAUAAAUGUGGAGGCUCCAGCAUGGAAUUGGGGAGCACAGGCCACCAGCUGCACAGAGGUGGGAGAGAUCACUCUGCAGCUCCACCUUCCAGGACACGGACUCAGUGGUGAGGCUGCACCCAAUCCUGACACAGCGCAAGGACCAGGCUUGCCCCAGAAACACCCCAGGGCCCUGUCCCCCAUGCCAGGCUGGAGAAUCACAUCCAGGUUUUGGUCCAGAUCAGCCCCUAUCCCACGGGAGAGGGAAGGGAAAUGGCUGUGUUGGAGCCAGAUCAGAUGCCGGUGACCUUCGAGGAGGUGGCUGUGUAUUUCACCCAGGGGCAGGGGCUCUGCUGGACCCCGCUCAGAGAGCCCUCUACAGGGACGUCAUGCUGGAGAACUACGAGACGGUGACCUCGCUGGGAUUCCCCAUUCCCAAACCUGACCUGAUCGCCCGGCUGGAACGAGGGGAAGAGCCGUGGGUCUCGGAUCUCCAGGCCGAUGAGGAAAGGGAGAGUCCGAGAGGCACUUGCACAGCAGGUGAUAGGACAGUGAGUGAGAACAAGGAGGAGAAUCAGCAGCAGGAAGGUCCUGAGAAAGUGGAACCGCAGGCAACAUUUUUGAGAAGAGCUGAAGGGAAUUUUUCCCAGUGCUUGGAACAAGGAAGUGCCUGGGGAGAUCGACACAGAUCAGAGAUGCAGCUGGGAAACUAUCCUGGGAAGAAACUGGAUGAAUCUAUUCAAGGUGGUGGAGGAUGCAAGAAUCCCAAGGAAACCACAGUCCAGCAGGCAAGUCACAAUGAAGAAAAACCCUACAAAUGCCUUGACUGUGGGAAAAGUUUCCGUGUCAGUACGUUCCUUAUUAGACAUUGGAGAACCCACACAGGAGAGAAGUCCUAUAAAUGCAUAGACUGUGGGAAAAGCUUCAGUGAGAAGUCAAACUUUAUUGUGCACCAGAGACUGCACACAGGAGAGAAACCCUAUAAAUGCUACCUUGAGUAUGGGAAAAGUUUUAGUCAGAGGUCACCACUUAUGGCACAUCACAGAUCCCACACAGGAGAGAAGCCCUAUAAAUGCUUAGACUGUGGGAAAAGCUUCAGUGAAAAGCCACGUCUUGUUAUACACCAGAGAGUGCACACAGGAGAGAGACCAUAUAAGUGCCUUCAGUGUGGGAAAAGUUUCAGUCAGAGUUCAAACCUUACUGUACAUCAGACACUGCACACAGGCGAGAGACCAUAUAGAUGCUGUGAGUGUGGAAAAAGUUUUAGUAAAAGUUCAUCCCUUAUUCAACAUGGGAGAAUCCACACGGGAGAAAGGCCAUAUAAAUGCCUUGACUGUGGGAAAGGUUUUAUCGAAAGUUCAUCGCUUACUACACAUGGGAGAAUCCAUACAGGAGAAAGACCUUAUAAAUGCCUUGAGUGUGGGAAAAGUUUCAGUUUGAAAUCAACGCUUAAUUCACAUCAGAAAACCCACUCAGGUGAGAAACCCCAUAAAUGCCUGGACUGUGGGAAAACUUUCAGUCUGCACUCACACCUUAAUAAACAUAGGAAAAUCCACACGGGAGAGAGACCAUAUAAAUGCCUUCAGUGUGGUAGAAGUUUCAUUCAGCACUCAAACUUUAUUAGACAUCCAUGUCUGAGGACAAGAGAGAGACGCUACAAAUGCCUUCAGUGUGAGAAACUUUUCUGUGCGGGAUCGGACCUUAUUAAACAUGAGAGAACCCACACUGGCGAGAAACCAUAUAAAUGCUUGGACUGUGGGAAAAGUUUUGGUCAGAGCUCAUACCUUAUUAAACAUAGGAAAAUCCACACAGGAGAGAGACCUUAUAAAUGUUUUGAGUGUGGGAAAAAUUUCAUUUAUCAAUCAGUCCUUAUUAAGCAUCAGAGAAUCCACACAGGUGACAAACCUUAUAAAUGCCACGACUGUGGGAAAAGUUUUGUUGACAAAACAAAACUUACUAGACAUCAGGCAAUCCACACAGGAGAGCGAUCGCAUAAAUGCUUGGACUGUGGGAAAAGCUUCAUUCGGAAGUCACAACUUACUAUACACCAGAGAGUUCACACUGGAGAUAGACCCUUUAAAUGCUUUGAAUGUGGGAAAAGUUUUAGUCAGAAGUCACAUCUUACUACACAUCAGCGAACCCACACAGGAGAGAGACCUUAUAAAUGCCAGGAGUGUGGGAAAAGUUUUAUUUAUAACUCAAAGCUUACUACACAUCAAAGAACCCACACAGGAGAGAGACCCUAUGUAUGCCUUGAGUGUGGGAAAAGUUUUAUGGAAAGUUCAUCCCUUAUUAAACAUGGACGAAUCCAUACGGGAGAAAAACCCUACAAAUGCCUCGAGUGUGGGAAAAGUUUUAUGGAAAGUUCAUCCCUUACACAACAUGGCAGAAUCCACACAGGAGAAAGACCUUACAAAUGCCUCAAGUGUGGGAAAAGUUUCAAUAUGAAAUCAACUCUUAAUACACAUCACAAAACUCACACAGGAGAGAAACCCCAUAAAUGCCUGGAGUGUGGGAAAACUUUCAGUCUGCGCUCACACCUUACUCAACAUGGGAGAAUCCACACAGGAGAGAGACCUUAUAAAUGCCUUGAGUGUGGGGAAAGCUUCAAUAGGAGCUCAAAGCUCUCCAAACACCAGAAAAUCCACAAAGGUGAGAGACCCCCAGGCUCCUGGCGAGAUCCCCGAGCCCCGGCGGCUGGUGCUGGGAGCCCGGAGCCCUGGCUGCAGCCGGGAGAGGGGAAUCUCCAGCAGGGCCCUUCCCGCUGCUCCCCAGGAGCCUCUCCCAGGGCAGAGCCCCCAGCCCGGCCCGGCCCCUGCCCCGGGGGGCCCCGCUCGGAGGGAAGGCUGAGGAAUCACAUCCACGUUUCGCUCCAGAUCGUCCCAUCUUCCAGGAGACAGGGAAGGGAAAUGGCUGAGAUGGAGCCAGCUCAGAUACCGGUGACCUUCGAGGAGGUGGCUGUGUAUUUCAUCCAGGGGCAGGGGGCUCUGCUGGACCCCGCUCAGAGAUCCCUCUACAGGGACGUCAUGCAGGAGAACUACGAGAUGGUGACCUCGCUGGGGUUUCCCAUUCCCAAACCUGAGCUGAUCGCCCGACUGGAACAAGGAGAAGAGCCGUGGGUGCCUGAUCUCCAGGCAUCACAGCAAAGAAAGAUCUCAAGAGGCACCCUCACAGCAGGUGAUGAGAGAGUGAGUGAGAAUGAGGAGGGGAAUCAUGGCGAGCACAUUCCUGGGAAAGUGGAACCACAGGGGACCUUUGUGGGAAGACCUGAAGGGAAUUUUUCCCAGUGCUUGGAAGUGGGAGAAGCCUGUGGAAAUUGGCACAGGUCAGAGAAGCUGCUGGUUAACUACCCAAGGAAGAAAGUGGAUGAAUCCAUUAAAUGUUGGGGAGGAGACAAGGAUCCCACAGCCCAGCAAACAAAUCCCAAGGAAGAAAAACCUUAUCAGUGCCUCGAAUGUGGGAAAGGAUUCAUUCUGAGAUCACAGCUUGUGACACAUCAAACAAUCCACACCGGAGGGAAACCCCUUCAAUGCUUGGACCGUGGAGAAAGCUUCAAUAACUGCUCAGACCUGAAUAACUAUGGGAGAAUCCACACGAGAGAGAAACCCUAUCAAGCACUUGAGUGUGGGAAAUGUCUGAGUUGCAAGUCAGCGCUUAUUACACACCAGAUAAGCCAAGCACAAGAGAGACCCUAUAAGUGCUUAGACUGUGGCAAAAGUUUCACAUGGAGAUCAUCCCUUAUUCAGCAUCAGGCAAUCCACACAGGAGAGAGACCCCAUAAGUGCUUGGACUGUGGGAAAAGUUUUAUACGUAGGUCAGACCUUGUUAAACAUCAGGCAUUCCACACAGGAGAGAGGCCCCAUAAGUGCUUGGACUGUGGGAAAAGUUUCAUACAGAGGUCAGACCUUGUUAAACAUCAGGCAAUCCACACAGGAGAGAGACCUCAUAAGUGUGUGGACUGUGGGAAAAGUUUCACACAGAGAUCAUAUCUUGCAACACAUCAGAUGAUUCACACAGGAGAGAGACCCCUUAAGUGCUUAGACUGUGGAAAAAGUUUCAGAGACAGAUCAGCCCUUAUUAAACAUCAGGCAAUCCACACAGGAGAGAGACCCCAUAAGUGCUUAGACUGCGGGAAAAGUUUCAUUCAGAGAUCAGACCUUGUUAGACAUCAGGCAUUCCACACAGGAGAGAGACCCCAUAAGUGCUUGGACUGUGGGAAAAGUUUCAUAUGGAGGUCAGACCUUGUUAAACAUCAGGCAAUCCACACAGGAGAGAGACCGCAUAAGUGCUUGAACUGUGGGAAAAGUUUCAUACAGAAGUCAGACCUUGUUAAACAUCAGGCAGUCCACACAGGAGAGAGACCCCUUAAGUGCUUAGACUGUGGAAAAAGUUUCAGAGACAGAUCAGCCCUAGUUAAACAUCAGGCCAUCCACACAGGAGAGAGACCCCAUAAGUGCUUGGACUGCGGGAAAUGUUUUAUUCGGAAGUCAGAUCUUGUUAGACAUCAGGCAUUCCACACAGGUGAGAGACACCAUAAGUGCAUCAACUGUGGGAAAAGUUUCACACAGAGAUCAUAUCUUAUAAUACAUCAGAGGAUCCACACAGGAGAGAGACCCCAUAAUUGCUUGGAUUGUGGGAAAAGUUUCACGAACAGGUCAGCCCUUGUUAGACAUCAGGCAAUCCACAGAGGAGAACGACCCCAUAAGUGCUUGAACUGUGGGAAAAGUUUCACACAGAGAUCACACCUCAUUAAACAUGGGAGAAUCCACACAGGAUCUAAACUUCUGUGACAGAUGGCGAGAAAGGGUUAAGAAGCUUGUAGGCUAGUUGACCCAGAUUCAACUUUAGAGACAUGUUUGAAAAGUGUGUGAAUGGUAAUUAGGGCUAUUCCACAUUAGACAGACUUGAACUUUGAAAUGUAAACUUUUAUUGUUGUGAAAGAAACAAGCUCCACUCUCAGGUUGGAAGUGACAAAAUCAGAGACAGCUUUAUUCAGGACAUGCAAUUGCAAGGGAAGAAACCAGCUGACAGAGAGCAUCUCUGCCUCAGUUUCUUCAAAGUAUAAGCAAAAUCACACAGGCAUUUAUACAUUUUAGUGGCCUGCAUUAACUAAAAACAUCUGCAGUUUGUUUAUAUUAUGUCCUUCCCAUUCCUGUAUUUUCUCACUUCUGUUUUCAAAACAUCGCUAUCUCAAGGCUGGGUCACGCUGACUCUACUCUGCCAUCUUCCCACUCGCUGCUGACGUGAGCCCUGCUUCUACAGGUCCCGCGAGAUUAGGCUAAGACUUAGCAUGACAGUUGCUCUGUUUCUUACAACUGAGAGGCCUGUAUUUAAAUCC